GGACCACAUUGCACGACAAACUCCACGUGUACCUCUGCUGCACUUUUGCUCGUAUCCUUCCAUUACGAUGACUUCAAGAUACGGAAAUCACCUCACAAACCGUGGCUUGUUCGCCGGAUACGAUGAUCAAAAGAGACCGGCGUCGCGGUCGCCGCAUAGACCUGCCAGUGGCUAUGGCAACCGCUACGCGGCUGCAACGCCGGACAAUUCUGCAUACACAACGUACGAACCUUCGGGCAGCACUUUCUCGGCAUAUCCUACAAGCAACGGCACUGCUGGCACUCCGUCCUCAGGUUUCAAAAACUCCAUGAGCAGAGGAAGCGGCGCCCUGUCGAUGGCGGAAUUAGAGCACAUGGAGAGCCAGUCGGAUGCGCAGACGAGCAAUCUUCUGGAAAAGGUCGGAAUGCUCAAGUCGCUGACGCUGAAGAUCGGCGACGAGAUCAGAGACAGUGCGAAUCUUGCGGACUCCAUGAACGAGGGGUUUUCGGCCACGUCUGUGAGAUUGAAGGGUACAAUGACGCGGAUGCUACGGAUGGCAGAAUCUACGGGCGUAGGAUGGAGAGCUUGGCUUGGUUUUUUCGCCGCGGUGGUUCUGCUCUUCUGGUACGUCUGGCUGUUCUGAACGAUUCUCUGUAGCCGGGCAAUACAGGCGCUCUGCUGCGCGGUGCUCUUCAGUGAGGCACUAAUGGAACCACGCAAAGACUGCGACGAGAAGCUGUGUGUAUCACGAUUCCAUCUCUGACGCAUUUCUGCUAAGACAACGGCAGCUCGUUCGCUCGCUGCUUGGCGAAGUCCUUUCUCUUACCUACCAAUUCAGCCAGGUCGAAGUUGAGAGGGACGCGCCGAUCUGCAAAUGGAGACCUCACUCUCAAGGACCGACCUUGCACUCAGGCACAAAUCCGCCACUGGUCAGAAUGCGUUGCCACCGAAACCAUUAUAGGGAAUCUUUAAUGCUUCGAUCAAAACCCUUGAACAAGGUUCCGGACGCUCGUCAGGCAAUCUGGUCGAUGUAGACUCUUGCCUUGCAUUUAGCUGUCCGAAAGACGAGAUGUCUUCGCGAUCAACGCCUCGUUUCGCGCAGAGUUGGGCCACAUUCUUGCGGCGCUGUCCUCAGUGUUAUCUGCAGAUAACUUGAGUUGUAUGAUACCCUUAUAAAACCUUGUGCUAUUUCAGAUUCGGGCAACUUCGUUGAGACGUCAUAUAUGUAUCUACUAAUACCAUCUUCAUAUUCUCACCCUCUUCUCCUUUUUUGCACCUAAAUACGUACGCACAAUCACGCCAUAGAAAUGCGCCUUGCC